UAUCCGCUUCCUCUUUCCUCGAAGCGUGGUGCGUGUGUCUAAGUGUUUGGUCCUUCAUCUGAAGCUAAGGCCUUUGAAUCCGGCGACUAGCACUCUCGAUUUUAGGCAUCCAGCUACUAAAUAUACAAAACCUCUUCGAAAUAUGGCCUCUGUGUCUGAACUCGCCUGUAUUUACUCCGCUCUCAUCCUCCACGACGACGAAGUCACCGUCACAGAGGACAAGAUCAAUGCCCUCAUCAAGGCUGCUGGAGUGUCGGUUGAGCCCUUCUGGCCCGGGCUGUUUGCGAAGGCCCUGGCCAGCGUGGACAUCGGCAGCCUGAUCUGCAAUGUUGGUGCUGGAGGAGGAGCCGCCCCUGCUGGUGCUGCCCCUGCUGGAGCAGCUCCGGCUACCAGUGCCCCAGCUGAGAAAGAGGAGAAGAAGGAAGAGAAGAAGGAAGAAUCAGAGGAGUCUGAUGAUGACAUGGGCUUUGGUCUGUUUGACUAAACCUUGUUUGUAACUUGACGAUUAAAAACUGAAACUGCAA